UAAUUACGUCGCGGCCGUAUACGAUAAGUAAUACCGUUGUCAGCCGUUAUACGCCGCGUGUAUCAUAUUUGUGAAUCAUUCGCAAACUUCCCGCUAAUCGAUACGAUAUUUCUAUUCUACGUGCCGCUGGCUGGACACAUUGACCACGCAAACUGUUUACAAUCGGCUAGAUCAAUUAUGCUGUCCCAAAUGGAAACGAACAUUAAUGGAAAGCUGGAAGGGAAACGACCCAAGGAACUGAUGUCGUCCUCCAGUCUUUCCGGUAUGUCGCAAUUGUCUAACAGUAGCGAGGAGACCCUGGAGCCCCUUGUACAUAAGCCGCACAAAUCGGAGUCGUUGGAAAGCACAACCAAGAAUAAAAGUCCGCAACAUAACGAAUGGCUAUUGAAUGGACCAAUGGUAAACAAAACAUCUAUUCUACGUUUCAAAUGCUCCGCAUUAGCGACACCCCCGGAAGAACCACCAGCGAGGAAAUUACACAUGACCUAUAAAAUUUUUCAAACGGAUACGAAGCUUAUCAAUCUGCUGCUGCAAUCGCAUGGAUUAACAGAGGUGCCUAUCAACGAGACGGAAUUUAACAUCCUAUGGAUGGGGAAUCAUCCGAAACCGGACAUUCUUCGGAAUUUGAUGCCCCAUCAGAAAGUGAACCAUUUCCCAAGGUAUAGAGCCAAGCGGUCGUACGAGAUCACGCGCAAGGACCGGCUGUACAAGAACAUCGAGGCGAUGCAACGCAGCAAAGGGUUAAGAAAUCUGGACUUUAUACCUCAAACCUUCCUGCUGCCCAGCGAAUCGAGGGAAUUGCUCACGGCCCAUUUCAGGUACCGCGGGCCCUGGAUUGUCAAACCUAAAGCCAGUUCCCGCGGACGUGGCAUUUAUAUUGUUAACAGUCCUGAGAAGAUCCUAACGGACGAAUCGGUAAUUGUCGCACAAUACAUAAACAAUCCACUUCUAGUCGACGGGCAUAAAUGCGAUCUCCGAUUAUACGUCGCUGUGACGAAUUACGAUCCGUUGUUGAUAUACCUGUACGAGGAGGGUUUGGUCAGAUUCGCCACGGUGAAAUACGACGGUGGUAACCAGUACGUCUGGAAUCCUUGCAUGCAUUUGUGCAAUUACAGCAUCAACAAAUUCCACGUAGAUUACGUAAAGAACGAGGAUCCGGACGCGGAAGAUGUAGGCCACAAGUGGACUCUGUCGGCGUUGCUCAGACAUUUACGCUCGAUGGGACAAGACACGGAAUCGCUGAUGCAACGCGUAGAAGAUAUUAUAAUAAAAUCGAUCCUCGCGACCGCCUCUGGUAUUGUCAGCGGCGUCAAGCAAUUCGUUAAACAUCCGGAAACAUGCUUCGAACUGUUCGGCUUCGACAUUCUGAUCGACGACACGUUGAAACCAUGGCUACUGGAAGUGAAUUUAACGCCAUCGUUAGGCUGUGAUUCACCGCUCGACGUUAGGCUAAAAUCAGCGUUGAUAGCCGAUCUGCUUACCCUUGUUGGUAUACCUGCGGUCGAUCCAAUUUUACGGCCGCAGACCAUGAAUCUGAACCGAGCUACCGUUACCUCCACCAAAAGAAUAGCCAACUGCAGAAGAGUACACUCGGCCGAGACAUUGUCGCAAAGGAAAAAGAACGUCAAUAAAAGUAAUAUCAACAAAACGGGAUUAACCUCCGAACAGCAACGAAUAGUAGCAUCCGCGAAAGCCCAAUUCGAACGACGAGGAGGAUUCGUUCGAAUAUUUCCUAGUCCAAAAUCAUGGGAGAUGUAUUCGCAAUAUUUAGAUCCAACAACGGGAAUACCGGUAGUUUCGGAUCCGUUAGGACCAGGCAGAGUCCCGCAACACGUGAACACCAAUUAUAAUCUUAUGUUGCACGAACAAUUGUUCCCUGCAGCGAGUCGUACCACAGGCUUUAUCAUACCUGAAGUUACGCUGGAUAGACUGUCUAGAUUCGAAAGAUACGAGAGAGCUUUGGUGAAGGGUCACAAACAAAGCUUAGAUCGCGGCGACAGUAAGGAAAACAUGGACACUGAUAAGCACAAGUAUAAGAGUCAGGUGGUGCAGUCCAUGCACGACGGAAAUAAACUUAGCCCUGGAGAGGCUAGAAAAGCCUUCGGUUUAUAUUUAGGCCACAUAUUGCGUAAGAUAUCGCAACCUAAUGCCGACCCAGCGUGCUGUGACCUUGUAAUGAAAUUCCUCCAGCAAUCUGCUAGUAAUUUAAGAACACCUUUCUUUUUCACGUUGCCGAGCAGCAAAUUGAGCGAUAAAGAUCGUGCUGCUGUUACUGCUAAGCAGCUCUCGGAUUUUUUACAUCUCUACAAUCGGGAAACGGAUCUUUAUGCUGAUACGGUUGACCGUCCACGUACCGUUCCCAACAAACUUUUCCAAAAGUUUUUAGCCGCUGCGAGCGAAGAGGACUUGGAUGAUAUAUUGAUUCUGCAAACGAGACUGUACAAGUGUGCUCACAGUUUCUUGGGAAGAAGCGGUUUCGCAGGUAGCCUACCAGGUCCUAAUUUAUUGGGCUCUCUGCCGCAUAUUACAUCCCGCGUGUAUUCGAACGCCGCCACCAGCGAACAGUGUAAAUGUAAUCAAUCCAUCAUCAGGCCUACGAAAGCUCCACGUACAUAGCUAAGCUACAAUUUACGAGCAUCCGUUAUAGCAAAGUUAGCUUGUUAAAAUACUAAAUACGGCUGUUCUAGGACUUCCUAGCACAAGUGGACAAUCUCUCUCUUACUUAUUUACUCACGUGUGUGUGUGUGUGUCUCUACACACACAAACAAUCUUUCUCAUCGAAAAAAGUAAUACAGAUAACCAAUUACAAAAGUAAUAUUUUGGGUACGCUUUGAGAACGCUUUAAUGUUCGCUUGUAUAUUUGUUAAGAUAGAAAUGUUCGUUACACGAUACCUCCAACGAAUACAUAAUAUCGUCGAGCCUUCUUAAGGAAAUUUUUUUAUAGCGUUUACAGUCGAAUCCACGUUCUUACAUCGCGAUUUUAUCUUAAAACUAGUCUUUAGCAAACAAAGAUUCAUCGAACCUGUACAAAAGUACGGUAACUCGGAAAUAAAAAUUUCUUGAAUGUAGGUGUCGCACGAGACAGGCGGCCAAUUAUAUUUGGAACAGUUUAGGAUUAAAUCUUUGUAUAUUCGACAAAGCAAUUAUUAAGUUUUAACGAAGAUGCGUUGUAUCGGCCUACUCGACAGACGAUGAAUGUUUAACUAAUUAUCCGUGUCUUGAAAAAUAUUCAGCUUGAAAAGAAAAACAAAACGAAAGAAACAAAAAAAAAAAAAAGAUGAUCUUGGUUCAAAUUUUUAACUAUUUUGCAUCGCACACGCACCGUUUA